GGGGAAGUUGGUUAACCAGGAAGCAUUUAACUCCAUUCUUAUUAAUAUAGUUAAGGUCUGCAAAUGAAUCUGGAGAAGAAGGCUGAAAUGUAACAUUACCGAUUCCAACAGUAAAGCAUCAACUUCUUACUUAAGAAAAUGAGCAGAAGCAAGGCAAAGAGAGGUGGUGCCAAAAAAUCACUGCAACAAGUCUGUGACGAGAAUGAACCUGAAGAGUCCAGUCCUCCCAGGGCUGAGUGGACUGACAGAAACUCUAUCAGUGCACACACCUCAGUCUUGGAAGAUGAUCUUUUCAAAGAGUUUGACUCACUUCUCUCCCAACCUGCUCUUGCUGGUGUCCGUAAGUCAGACCAGAAGCUUCCAUCGUCACCUAAAAAAUUCCAACAUCCUGUCAUAUGUUUUUUGGAGAGAAGGCUUUUUCCAGUGUUGGUUCCCGGAUUGAAGGCUAUGUUGAAGGAAGCUGAGAAAAAGGGCUGUUUUAAGAGGAAAAGAACAGCAUUUAACCCAUUUGAUUUUCUGAUUCACUGGCUAUACAAUAAUAACCCCCAGAGGCAUGGACAGGGCCCAGUGAAGUUCCAUGGCAUUCCCUUCGUCAAAGAGUGGAUCAUGACACAUCCCAGGGGUCCCAUCCCUCUGUUUCUGCGGCUAAGUGAGAGUCAGGCUGCGCUGCGUAUUCAGGCUUUCUGGAGGGGAUACAGGAGCCGAGCUAGCCCAGAUAUGCUGGCACUGCGCCAGUGGCAAAAAGAACUGAGCGAGAACCAUGACGUUCCCACAACUGUGCAGGAGUUCUGGGCUUACCGAGAAGGCAGAAUAACAGAUCCUAGUAGCUCUGAUGGGUCCACCCACAAGGGUUCCUCAAUUACUGAGAGAUCCGGUGACCAUAGCUCGUCUUCCCAGAUGAACUCUGAGGAGGAGGAUUCACAGACCUCCAGCUCAGGCAGCGCAGACGAAGAAUCUGCCACAACACCAGUGGAUAAUUCCCCAGCUGCAGCUAAGCCUGAUGAUGACCCUCAGACGGAACAGUCUCCUUCAUAAUGUGGAACUGACAACCUGAGAUAGACUGCUGGUACAUUUAAUGAAAGUCUUCUCUGGCAUUAAACCCUGUUAGCUUGAUAUCAAAGUGAACAAAGCGAUCAGCGACACAAGCUCAUAAAAACAACUCUAACUACUCAAUCUGGGCUUUUAUGGUGUAUCAGUUUCCUUUUCACAGGUUGUGCCCAGUAAAUGAACACAAUGCAGGAUGAUUCAAGUAUUAUACUAUUAUAGAGAAACCUUAAUUAACUCUAUGGAAGUCAUAUUUCCUUGACAAGUCAUGGCACUUUUCGUAAGCAGAACACUACAAAGAAGGUUAUAGCAUUUCCAUUCAACCUUGGAGACAGAAUUUGCAACUACAAACAUAAUUUAAUGUUUGUGAAGAUGUUAUGGAAAAUCUGCAUGAAUUCACAGAUGAAAAAGUGUAUUCUGUCUGAAUUGGAACUUGUAAUGCCAAAAAAGCUGUAUGUAUUAGUUCAUUAUAUUACAUUAUGAUAAUUUAACAAUAAUGGUUAUUUUACAUUCCAUUAACUUGGUAAAAAAAUGAGUACCAGCAGGCUGUACACUCAGGGGUACAAUGCUGCCCUCCAGAGUUUGAAUUUGGUUCUGCCAUCUUGUUUUUCAAAACAUUAUCAUGCCAGCUGACUUUGUCAGAGUCACUAUUGUACUACACUGCUUGCUAAUUCCCUUUAACAUAAAGAUUUCAGGUCUGAUUUUCAGAGCUUGUGGAACACAGUGAUGUCCCCAUAUUGAAAUACAUGAAAUAUGGCUCCUGUUCACAUUUGAUCUAAUAAUAAUAAUAAAAGUGCCAUGACCUCUGAUCACAGGACCCUUAUCCCUGUUCUGUUAUUAGUGCCUGCUUGGCAAUGCAACUCAUGGGAAACAAGAAGAAAGCCAUAAUGUAUAAACUCAAUUCAAGUAGCCAUAAGAAAAUCCAUUCUGAAUUAAGAGGUCAUUUGUUUGGUAAUUUCACAUCUCAGGUGGAAUUCCCUACCACAGUUGCCAUGGCAACCCACAUUCAAAUUCUGAUGGAACUCACAUCUUCUCAUCCGUUUAAUCUCCUGAGUCAGCAGCAACAGACAACUGCAUUGGCCAGUGUGCACCCUGACACGCGCUAGACUGGAAAGAACCCAUCGCUGUUUGCGCCUUUAAUUCAGUUUGGACGUUUUGUUGUAGUGUUUGUUGCUCUUUUCAUAGACUGUGGGUUCUUUAAGGCCUUUGAUCCUGAUUUUCUGUUUUCUUGGUGUAUUGUCAGUGUGUUGUUUUACUUCUUUAGUUCUUCCUACUGUGUAGCUACAGUUUUUCUUCCUGUGUUUGCCAUGUUUUGCCUCUAUGGCAGGUAGUCAUUUAUGAUUUAAGGAGGUCCGCAUAGACACAAUUUCCUCAUGUACAGGUCUGCAGCAUCCUCAUGUUUAAAAUGCAUCAUAAUUUAGAUACAUUACCGUUAAUUUAUAUAUAUUGAAGUAGCAUUGUCAUAGUAUCUGCACUGUGUGAAGUCAAGGACUUAAAUCAAAUGAAGAAAGCUGUAAAUCAAUGCCAUUAUUAAUAUGAUUAUACAUUAUAAUAACUUGUUCAUUAUUAACAAGAUAAAACAAACUGCAUAUUGGCUGCAUGUAAAAAUCAACAAUAUAAGCCUUUUUUUAUGUGUGCAUAACUGAACAGACUUUUGUGGCGUCCCCAGAUCCACACAAUUGUGGUUACCUGUUCCUGUCCCUGAUUUUCCCCAGGCACUUUUGUUUUUUCUCUGUUUAACCUCAUAUUCUCCCAUCCUGCUUUGGUUUGUU